ACGGUCGUUUGGUUCAACUGGCACACCAGUAUUUUGAAAAGAUUCCGUUGGCCAUUUUGUGCAUUUACUUCAUUGAGUCUGUGUAGGCUUGGGAUUUAUUCCGAUUUGUCAUUGUCAUUAUAUACAUUUUUUUUUUUCAUGCAAACAUUCCAAACUAUGCAAUAUUGUGUAUUUUUUGUUUAAUAGUACAAUAAAAUAAUGGUUUCGUUGAAUCCGUUUCGCAUUUUGAAACACGAGGCGGAAGAAGACAUAGGAGAAAAUGCGCGUAUGUCCAAUUUUAUAGGUGCAAUUGCCAUCGGCGACUUGGUCAAAAGUACCAUGGGCCCAAAAGGCAUGGACAAAAUACUCAUAUCGAUGGGCCGCGGUCCAAUGGAUUCAAAAAUCGAAGUGACUAAUGACGGAGCGACUAUUUUGAAGAAUAUUGGCGUGGACAAUCCGGCCGCUAAGAUAUUGGUUGACAUGUCCAAAGUUCAGGACGAUGAGGUUGGUGACGGUACUACAUCUGUCACAGUUUUAGCUGCUGAAUUAUUACGUGAAGCUGAAAAAUUAGUUAAUGAGAAAAUUCAUCCACAGAUAAUUAUUUCUGGGUGGAGGAAAGCAACAAAAAUAGCACAUGAUGCACUUCAACUUGCUUCAUUAAAUCAUAGUCAAAAUGAAACUCAAUUCCGUGAAGACUUACUAAAUAUUGCUCGUACUACUUUGAGUUCUAAAAUUUUGUCUCAACAUAAAGAACAUUUUGCUAAGCUGUCUGUAGAUGCCAUUUUACGUCUCAAAGGAUCUGGAAAUUUGUCAGCUAUACAAAUUUUAAAGUUAAAAGGUGGUUGUUUGGAAGAUUCAUUUUUGGAUGAAGGUUUUCUGCUUGAUAAAAAGAUUGGUCAAUAUCAACCAAAACGUGUAGAAAAUGCUCGAAUAUUAAUUGCUAAUACACCAAUGGAUACAGACAAAAUUAAAAUAUUUGGAUCUCGUAUCAAAGUUGACUCCAUGGCUAAAGUUGCAGAACUAGAAUUAGCUGAAAAAGAAAAAAUGAAAGAUAAAGUUAACCAUAUACUAGCCCAUGAAUGCAAUGUAUUCAUAAAUAGACAACUGAUCUACAACUAUCCUGAACAACUUUUUGCUGAUGCUGGUAUAAUGGCUAUUGAGCAUGCUGAUUUUGAUGGAAUUGAACGUUUAGCUUUGGUCACUGGUGGUGAAAUUAUGUCGACUUUUGACUCAGCUGCUAAAGUCAAGCUAGGUACAUGUAAACUUAUUGAAGAAAUUAUGAUUGGUGAAAACACAUUGUUACGUUUCUCUGGUGUGGCACUUGGUGAAGCCUGUACUAUUGUUAUUCGCGGUGCCACUGAACAGAUUAUUGACGAAGCUGAUCGUUCCAUACAUGAUGCCUUAUGUGUAUUAUCCUCUACUAUACGUGAGCCUUUCAUUGUCUAUGGUGGUGGGUGUAGUGAAAUGUUAAUGGCUAAUGCUGUUAGUGCUGAAGCAACAAUAACACCUGGUAAAGAAGCUGUGGCCAUGGAAGCUUUUUCUAAAGCUUUACAAUCACUUCCUACUACUAUUGCUGACAAUGCUGGGUUGGAUUCAGCAGAUUUGAUACAUGAAUUAAGAGCAUGCCAUGCUCUUGGAGAGAAUAGCAUGGGUCUUGAUAUAGAACAUGGUACAGUGGGAUGUAUGAAAGCGAUUGGAAUCACUGAAUCGUUUGUUGUCAAGAAGCAGGUUCUUAUAUCUGCUGUUGAAGCUGCUGAAAUGAUUUUGCGUGUCGACUGCAUUAUCAAAGCUGCACCAAGAAAACGAGUUGAAGACCAUGGCCAUUGUUGAAUCUAAUUAUCCACUUAAAAAGAAAAGCUACACUUUUUUUUUUACAUGUUUGACUGUUUUCAAAAUCAUUUUUUUAUACAUUUAUCAAUUUAAUACAAAAACUAAAUA